AUGGUGAAACCAAGGGCAAUUCUAAGAUUAUUGAAGCAAAAUGACCCAUCUACUGUAAUUGGUAUGAAGACAGUUUACAAUACUAUCCAACAGUUAAAUUUCAAUGAAUUAUCUGGGAGAUCUCAAUUGCAACUAUUGUUCGCCAAGUUGAAAGAAGAUGAAUACCUCUCGUACCAUAGAUCGAACAAGUUUAAUGAGAUUACCGACUUGUUAUGGAUCCACCCGAAAUGCAUUAAGUUGGCACAGUCGUAUCCGUACGUAUUUGUCAUGGAUUGCACGUACAAAACCAAUCGUUACGGACUCCCAUUUCUUGAGAUUAUGGGUUUUACUUGUAUCAACAUGACGUUCUCCAUUGCCUUUGCAUACUUGGAUCACGAAAAGACGGAAAUUUUCAAAUGGGCGUUGCGUUGUUUGAUGGAGGCCAUGACAAAUGGGCGUUGCGUUGUUUGA